GCGGGGGUGGGGGGUCGUUCAUCCAUCUGUGCGGAGAGAUGAGACUCGCUGCUGCAAGUGAACAGGAACUCAUAAGUUCUCAGCAUCCGUGUAGCUUCGCCAAGAAGCCCGAGAGAGCAGCUUUGCAGGGCGCACGGACUCUGAGAGGAGGAGAAGAGGAAAGCGGAAGGAUGCUGAUCCGAGCGGAGCCGGGAGCUGCAGCUUCACCUCAUCAGCGCAAACGCUGGAUCCUUCUGUAACUUUUAGCGCGCUGAACUUUACCGCUGCUGCUGCUUCUCGCUCUACUCUGUCCGCUUUGGUUGAGUGCUGCUGCCCGUCAGCCAUGGCUUCCUCACCGGUCCACAGUGCGCUCUUUCUGUGCGCCUUCCUCCAGCUGUUCUCCCUUCCCGGCGGACACGUGCCAAACUGCCAGGAGGUGCGCACAGUAUUUCAGUCUCUGCACCCGGGGUCCAAGUGGGUCCCCGAAACCCCAGUGUCAGGUGCAGAUCUGCAGGUUUGCCAAACCAAAGGCCCGACCUGCUGUUCCAAGAAGAUGGAGGAGCGGUAUCAGGUAGCCGCGCGCAGCAAUAUGGAGUCUGGUCUGCAGGUUGUCAGCGCACAACUCAAACGUCUCAUCAUCCAGAACGCCGCGAUAUUCCAAGAGGCCUUUGACCUGGUGCUGCGUCACGGACGUAACUCCACCCUGACGAUGCUGAAGUCAGAGUUCCCGACUCUCACGAGUGGUGCCCAGAGCUCUGUGGGGCAGCUGUUCCUGGACAUGUCGCUUUACAUCCUUGGCUCGGACUCCACAGUUGACCACAUGGUGGCGGUGCUCUACGGCCGCCUCUUUCCCCUCACGUACCGCCGCCUGCUGGGAGGCAGUGGCACCUCAGUGUCCGAGGAGUGUGUAAGAGGAGCUUGGAAGGACUCGGGAGCGUUUGGCCCUUAUCCUAAACUGAUGAUGACUCGACUCUCUCGCUCCCUUCUGGCCACACGAGUCUUCCUGCAGGCGCUGAACCUGGGUAUCGAGGUCGUCAACACCACAGACCAUCUGCGGCCCGGCCGAGAGUGCAGCCGGUCCCUGCUGAGGCUGUGGUAUUGCCCGCACUGCCAGGGCAUGCUGGGGCCGCCGGCCUGCAGAGGCUUCUGUCAAGCAGUGAUGCACAACUGCCUGGGGGGAGCUGCAGAAGUGCAGCCUCAUUGGAGGAGCUAUAUAGAUGGACUGGGGAAGUUGGCUGGUGCCAUGAGGGGAGAGCAGGAUAUGGAGGCUGUUGUUCUUAGACUGCCCACAAUGAUUAAACUGGCUCUCAAACACGCCGUGAAUACCCGCAGCCACCUCAACACCCUGGUGAGCGGGAUGUGCGGACAGACUCCUCAGCGGGCCUCUCGCUCCGUCGGAUCCCCUCCGUCCCAGCCUCCUGCCGCCGCAGCCGCAGCCCGUGGGGCUCAGCCGUCAUCCUCGGACCCCGACGAGACGUUGGCAGACCUCCGCAGGGACUUCAUAACCAGCCUGAGAGGCUUCAGCUCCUUUUACAGUGGUCUCGGGGAGGCCUUAUGCAGCCGCGAGCCUGCUCCAGCGAACCACUCCCUCUGCUGGAACGGGCAGGAGAUGACAGACAGAUAUCCUGGGCCCGGCCUAAAACGACUGCACCCCAGCUCAGAGUCCAGGAGCAACAAGCCGCCGGAGCCGGUCAUCAGCCAGAUCAUAGACAAACUCAAACACAUCAACCAGGGCAGCCAGAAAAUGAAAGGAUGCGUGUCCUCCAUCCACAAAAGGCCCAGCUGUCAUCAAGGCCGAAGCCCUUGUUUUUUUCCCACCACUUCCGCUGGCAUGUAAACCACGGUCGGAGCAGGCUGGCUUUGUUCAGAGAUGCAGGAUCGAACUCAUGUAUCAGCCCACAGAUCUGCCGGCACUUCCUGAUUCUUGGUGGUUGCACUUGUAGCUGUCAACACUUCCAGCUGACUACCCCUCGCCCCCUCCCACAUGCAUACACACAUAUGUGUGCGUGUUAACACGAGUGUGUUUGAGCUUUAGGAUGUUGUAGCCCUGUCUAGGUGGAUUCCCCUGUUUAAAAGGGAACCUGGGAGAUCUAAGAAGUAGCUCCGGACCCUUCUCCACUCCCUGCUGACAACCAGAGAGCCUCAAGAAAAAAAAAUUCAGAGGGCUUUGGGUUGAAACGGUGUAAUUCUAUCAUUUACUUCUGCAGUAUUACUUCAUUCAUAUGUGUCAGACGCCUCCUGCUGCCUUCAAACGCCACCAUACAUGAUUCAUCCUGGCUCUACAUACGUUAGGCAGUUUAAACGCUCAUUCCUAAAAAUGUGGGUCUUAUUUUUUUUUUAUAGUUUUGGCCAUCUUUUCUGUGAGCUGUGAAGACGUUGGACUCACCAGAGAAAGUUCCUGACAUUCACUGGGGAAAGAAAAACUGUUUAACCAUUUUAUUUGGUGCUACAACGCAAAGAAAGCAUAAAAUGUCAAUAAUAAUCCCUCAGUGCAGAGACCAGGAUGGAUGUUUUGUGUAAUAAUUUCAGUGUAAAAGUCAGUGUGAUCACCUGACUGUGCAUUUUUUGCCCUUUCAGGCUUCUUUGGAGCAAUUUUGUACACUAUUAUUAUAGGUAGGAGUGAGAGCCAAAAUGACCAAAAUAAAAGCCAAGCUGUAAUAAACCUGAAUUAUCCUUUAAGCUUAAAAACACAGGACAUACCCUUUAAUGUAAUAAGCCUUUCAAAACUUCCUGCAUCGGCACGGAUAAACAAUUGUAGCCAUAUGAUUACAAGCAGAGCUGCUGCAGUGCAGACUGUUUACCGUGUGGAUCGAGUUCCUGAUAGGCUUUUGAUGAGAUUUUGCAAGAAAAUGCAGUUUAGUGAAAUGACUGAGCUCAUUGUGUUAUAGACAUUGAGACAAUCCCUUGGAAGCAUGAACUCAGUCAAGUCAUAUGUUCUCAGUAACCUAAUUCCCAUUUCUAAUUGGCUCCCAUGUUGUACUGAUGAUGUGGCAAACAUGUGGACGUUUAUGGGGUUUUGAUUCUGUUUACACAAUCGGUUAAUAUUUAUGCAGAUUGACCAUUCGCAAGGGAGCUUUUAGUCUCAUAUCUGAUGACCGUGCAGCAGAGUCAAGCGUGUUUCUGCUUCGGCUCCCCUUCCCUUCAGAUCUUAACUUCAAUAGUCUGGAUUAACAUCUGACAAAAGAAUGACUGCACUUGAUUGCAUAUUUCAUGUGCAGUAAAACUGUUCAUGGCUCACAGCCAUGUUUUCCCUCCCCCCUUUUGUUGCAGAAAUAGGAUUAAACUAAUAUUUUUAAAACCAAUCACCAUUAUACUUGGGCGUGCAAAAUGACAGGAACACCUUGCAAUGUUGUGCAAUCUGCUGCAAUAGUCCUGCUGUAAAUCAGCCCACUGAGAAGUUUAAAGUAUUGGAAUUUUAGGGGAAGAUGGCUCACCCGAGUUUAUCUUGAUAGUAAUUUGUAAUUUUCUUGUAACAUCUCUUAUCAAAACAUAUGAAACUAAUUAGUUUUUAUAAAAAUAAAAUUACUUUUGCUUUAGUUGGAGCUCUGAGACACAAUAAAAGUGCUAAUCUGCACAAUGUCCAUUUGCCUGAUGUUGAUGUUAACAUGGUCAUGGAUC